AUGGCCAGUGAUUCACCCACCAGUCCCAACAGCCCCUACCUUCCCAGUGAGGAGGCGCUCUCCGCCGCUCUCCGCCGCUACCUCCCUUCCAACAACGAAGGGUCCGAUCCGGACCCGGACUCUCCUGUGGAUGCCUACUCUGGUGACCAUUUCCGAAUGUUCGAGUUCAAGGUGCGGCGGUGCGCACGUGGCAGGUCACAUGACUGGACCGACUGUCCUUUUGCUCAUCCGGGCGAGGAGGCCCAGCGCCGUGACCCGAGGAAGUUCCAUUACUCGGGUUCGGCCUGCCCCGAUUUCCGAAAGGGUCACUGUAAGAAAGGAGAUUCCUGCGAGUUUGCCCAUGGAGUUUUCGAGUGCUGGCUGCACCCGGCGAGGUAUCGGACUCAGCCGUGUAAGGAUGGAACUAGCUGCAAGAGGAGAGUGUGCUUCUUUGCGCACACGCCGGAGCAGCUUAGGGUUUUGCCGCAGCAGAGUCCCCGAGGAUCAAACUCGCCGCCGAUGACUCGGUCGGUGAGCCGGUCGCUGGGUUUGAGCUCGGUGAGUGAAAUGGUGGCGUCGCUGAGGAAGGUGAAGUCUCUGCCCACUUCAUGGAAUGUUCAAGUCGGGUUAGUUGGAUCAGUCGGGUCGCCCGGGGUGGCACUCCUGUGA